GAAUAUUCACCGCAUUAACCGAAUUUAUAUCAAAACUUUCAACUUCUUCUAACGUCUGUUACAUUUCUGCUGCAUACAAUACCUACGAGAUGUUUUCAUUAAUAUUUUCAUGAACUUGGACUAUUUGUUUUUAUUAAAAUGGAAAAUAAUAGUUCUGUAAAUGGAACAGAAAGUAAAAAUGCAGUGGAUAUAUCGUCAUUUGAGCCAUAUGAAGAAGCUGCUGCUACCAUUUCCUUACUUUUGUUCACAAUCAUAGUUUGUCUGAAUGGAUUUGUGAUAUUCAUCCUCGUCUUUAGAAAACAGAAAAAGAGUCGUCUCUUCUAUUUUGUACUGCAUUUAGCAAUAGCAGAUUUUCUUGUGGGUUUCUGCAGUGUUCUUGGAGAUGGUAUACAUAGUGCAAUGCACAAUGAAUGGUAUGGUGGUGACUUUUUGUGUAGACUAUUUCGUUUUAUUUCACCAAUGUCUCUUAUUGCUUCCAAUAAUCUUCUGAUCGGUAUGAGUUUAGACAGAUUUCUGGCAAUCAAAUAUCCACUGAAUGUUGUUAGAAUAGGUGCAUGCAGGUAUCUUGACAAAGGUAUGGUAUUUGGGGCAUGGCUUUUAAGUUUGUUGGGAUCAAGCUUUUUCAUACUCUACAGUCGAGGAAUCAAUGCAAAACCGGAUGCUGCUGAUAUGUAUGAACAAAAAGGUUCUUGUAAUUUACACAUGCCUGAAAGCUGGUGGAAGCCGUAUAGUUUAAUAGUUGCAGUAAUAAUAUAUGUGUUACCAACAAUCGGUAUAACAGUGUGUUAUGUGGGUAUAUGUAUCGUAGUCUGGUUGAAAUGGCGUUCAAGACUGAAAUUAUCAGAGAUAGAUACCAGUGAAAGCAGUGAUCGACUUCAUGGUGAUAGAUCAUUAAGCAAAGGACUUCUACCAAGGGCAAAAAUAAAGAGCAUUAAAAUGACAAUGGUCGUGUGUUUGGCUUUCUUUAUAUGCUGGACGCCAUAUUUCGUAGUAAUGUUAAUAACCAUCUAUAACCCAGGUACAAUUGGAUUCAAAGCUCAUCUGAUAGUUGGCUGUUUAUACCCACUUAACAGUGCCUGCAAUCCUCUAAUAUUUAUGCUAUUCAAUCGCAAACUGUUCACUUGCGGGCAAAAAGACCAACAGGAUGUGCAAUCGUAUGAAGGCAUGAACACACAAGUGACGUCAACAUGACUUGGCGCGUUCCUCUGGGUAUUUACUCAGAUCUUACAUGUUCAAAAAGCAAGAUCAGAUGAAUUGAAAAACAAAAAUGAAUAUAAUCUAUAUUAUCGUCUAGCAUAGUUUUACUUUUGAGUAGAAUAGAAAUAUCAAAAAUGCUUUGUGUCAUAGAUUAAUAACUAACCAAAACAUUUUUUCCAAUGCAAACAUGAUGCUAAGAUUCGCGUGUCUGAAGUAUCAUACGACGCCUUUGAAUGCAAAAUAGUGAAUGUUGCUUCAAAGCAAAAUCGCUCUAAUAAUGUAACAAAAUUAAAAAAUUAACGACACUGUACAUUUAAUGUAGCCAAAAUAAAUCUUACAAAAUUUCAAAAAGGCAAUAUUCUAUUUCAUUUAUUUAAAGAAAUAUAAAAUAGAGCUUUUAAAUACAAAAUAUGUAUAAAUAGGAAUAUAUUUUUUUGAUGACGGUCAAACUGUUCUACCUGUGUUAUUGUUUAAUUGAAAAUUAUACUAAUACUGCAAAUGGACUGUAAAAAUUUCCAAUCUUCAUAAUAUGAAAAAAGUUCUGGUUAUAAUCACAAUACUAUGGUUGCUAAUUUCUGCUACGUCGUUACUUCGUCUUGUCGCCGUUGGCGACAAUACGAAAGAACGAAAUAAGAACAUAAAUAUAAAUUCUCUUAUUGUCCCUCUGUUUUUAUCGUUUCGUCGU